AUGUCGUUUUCCAUGGUUGCAACCCCCUUUUCGUACUACGAAUCGGACGAUUGUGGAUACUGUCUGCUCAAGAAAAUCCCAAAACCUCUCGCUUCAAAAGAGGUCCCCCAAAAUGCUGCCUGUCCUUCAAAACCAGUCCAUAUCUCGAUUGGAGCACAGAUAAUCACCAUGACGGUGGAAACAUACGAGAAAUGUAUGAAUUUGGGCUUCCGGCGGUCUGGUGUGUUUCUCUAUAAAACAGAUAUGCUCCGUAAUUGCUGUAGAAUGUAUACCAUCCGGACCAACAUGCUGCAGAUGAAGAUAUCGAAGGAACAUCGUCAAGUGGUGAAUCGCUUCAAAAGAGCGAUUGCAGAUACGCCGCAAGAUGAAACUCUGGCUAAGACCUUUGACUUGCGCUCGUUGAUCGACGCGGAACAGAAGAGCUCUCGCUUCACCACCACCUACGACAGUCCCCAUUUCACUGUAGAGAAGUAUGAGCUCUAUAAGAAGUAUCAGACCAUCGUCCAUAAAGAUCCACCGGAAGAAGUGUCUGAGAAUGGGUUCCGCCUGUUCCUUAUCCAGACUCCUUUUACUCGCGAUGCCAUCUUGGGAGACGAAGAAGAAUGGGCUCUGUUAGAUACCUGGGUCAAGGAUUGGCGCCCAGACUCUCCGCUGGCUAAAUGCACACGCAAGGGACCUGUUCACGAAUGCUACUAUCUAGAUGGAAAGCUCAUUGCGUUGUCUAUUCUCGACUUUCUUCCGGGCUCUCUCUCGUCUGUGUACUUCAUCUACGACCCAGACUAUGCCCAUUUGUCUUUGGGGACGCUCCUGAGUCUCCGUGAGAUCCUAAUGUGCAAUGAGCUUGGGAUUCCAUACUACUACUUGGGCUACUACAUCGAUGAUUGCAAAAAAAUGCGCUACAAGGCCAAGUUUGGUGGCGAGAUUUUGGACGUGUGUAACAAUGUGUUCGUGCCAUUUGAAAAGGUCGACAGCUUGUUGAAAGGCGACCAGCUCUGGACGCUUGGAAACAUUGGAUCCGAGACGAAUGCUUCCGACAAAUUGGCCAGUCUGUUAAGCUCGGAGCCCCAGCUCGACUUGGAUGUGGACCCUAAAGUAUAUCAAGGACAAGUGUCCAACUCUGCGGAAAGUAUCUACGGCAAUGAGGCCACGUAUUCCGAUGCGAAGGAAGAAUUAAUGACAAUUUACAACAAUUACGACGUCAGCGACAUGGAAGUGCCCCUUGUACUUCCUGGCGCUAUUACCAUAAGACAGAUCAAGGAGAAGCUCCUUGACCCGGAAACCAAUCUUCUGGGUUGGUUUUUCGAUGGCGAUAAUCAAGAGGUGAACACUGAGUUUGCUAAAAUGGACUCCAUGAAAAGACAAUUCUUAUUAGAUUGUAUCCGUCUUUUGGGAUAUGAUAUAUGCCAAAGCUUGUUAAUACUCAGCUUUUAA